GGAGAAGGAGAUGUAGGCGGGAGAAGGAGGGAAGCUGGGUAGCUGCGUCGGUGUCGUGGUGCAAAGAGCGGUGCCAUUUGAGGGAAUCGGUACAAGGUUGUGGAGAAGAAGAGCGGAGUAAUUGUUGACAGUUAUAUAUCCCCAGGCGGUCAUUGUCAUGUUGCCUCGUGGGAGAACAGGAAGCGCCACACGAGGCGAGACAUCACGAGGUGUCCGCCCUUUUGUCGCGGUUGUCUGAACCACCAUACAUAGCACAUAAGUCCGGUUCAAGGAGAUAGCAGUAUAACCACCGAAAACCCUUCGAGAGUGCCUCUGUGUGAGGGAUCCACAGGUCACAGAGCCGAAAUGUUCUCCAAACUUGGGCGUUGGUUGGUGGGUGGGUCACGGGUGGGGCCUGAUGACGUAGUGUAGAGGGUCAGCCAAUAAUCGACGGUCUGGAUGUUCCCAAGGUUCGGGCCUGAUGAUCGGGUCGGUCUGGCCACUCCAUAGUGGUAUCCGAACAGGUCUCGAGUCCCUUACCAACUUUGUCACGUGAGUGACCCGCAUAUACUACCCAGAAUGCCGUUCUUCGCACCGACGAUACCCCCACACCCCCUUCAAGAAGAUGUUCCUGCUUCCGCUACCCCGCAGAGUAACGGGAAGGACGACGAACACCCCCACAGGCACCAUUUGCAACUCUAUCGCGGCCCCACCACGCAUCAUCCAGCCUUGUGUUUCCUGGACGGCGUAAUGAACCUGCUAUCUAUGCGUCUAGCUAUCUCUAAGUAUCGAACGGUGACGUCCGUGUGCGGCAAUCAGAUAUAAGUGGGCACGAUAUAUGCGCUUCUAGGUGUACCAUCAAGGUGCAUAUAUGCAGGUAAGCGUCAAGGGACAAGCAAGCAAGGCGG